AUGGAGCAGCUGGUACGAAACCACGCUUCAUACAUUUUGAACCUUGUACACAAAAUGGGCAGCAACUAUGCUGGGCUUCCGCCAAUGGACUGGUCGCAGUAUGACACGUUCCACGGGGACUUCGAGAAGUGCUCGCUGCUUACAGCCGCGCUCGCACACCUUGGCUUCUACAUGUUAAUGUUCCUUGGUUUCAUCAACAGCUUUCUGUUUACGCCGAAAGUGGCCACUGAGCGGAACCGAGAGGGUUACGCGCCACUGUACAACUCAUUCGAGCAGUUGUACUCGCGCUACGUGUACAGGCGCGUGCGGCACUGCUUCAACCAGCCCAUCUGCUCCACGCCUGCAGCCGAAGUCACAAUCAACGAGCGCUACACAGAUGACUACAACUGGACAUUUAAGUUCACAGACAGGACGCGGCGCUGCAUCAACCUGGGAUCGUACAAUUACCUGGGCUUCGCAGAGCCGACGGGGCCACGCGCGGAUGCUGCGGCCGUGGCUUCACGGCGUUACGGACUAGCGCUUGCCUCUCCGCGCGCCGAGCUCGGCUCCUGCUUGCUGCACAAGGAGCUGGAGGAAACUACCGCACGUUUUCUUGGCGUCGAGGCGACGAUAGUAUUCGGCAUGGGGUUUGCGACGAACUCGCUGGGGCUACCGGGGCUGCUGGGGCCAGGCACACUGGCACUGAGUGACGAGAACAACCACGCAUCGCUGAUACUUGGGCUACGGCAGGCGCGCGCAACCGUGCGUGUGUUCCGCCACAAUGACCUAGCUCACCUCGAGCGCAUCGCACGCGCCGCCAUCGCUGAGCGUCGCUGGACUAAGAUCGUCAUCGUGUUGGAAGGUGUGUACAGCAUGGAGGGCUCGAUCGUGCCACUGCAGGGCGUGGUUGCGCUGAAGAAGCGGCUUGGCUUGCAGCUGUACCUAGACGAGGCCCACUCAGUGGGUGCACUGGGAGCUCGCGCGCGUGGAGUCACCGACUACUGUGGAGUCGACCCCACCGACAUAGACGUACUCAUGGGCACCUUCACCAAAAGUUUCGGCGCUGCCGGUGGUUACAUUGCUGGUUCAGCGAAGCUGAUCAGGUGGAUCCGUGCGCACGGGCACGCGCACACGUACGCACACGCAAUGUCGCCGCCAAUGGCUGCGCAGGUGCUCGCCGCUAUGCGCGCGCUGUGUACGCCGCAAGGCCUGCGUCGCGUGCGCACGUUGCGUGACAACACGCACUACUUCCGCCGCAGGCUGCGCGAGAUGGGCGUGGUGACAUACGGGCAUGAAGACUCGCCGGUGGUGCCGAUGAUGGUGUUUACAUUGAGCAACAUAUCAGCCACUCUGGAGCGUCUCACGGCGCGCGGUGUCGCCGCCGUCGGCGUCGGCUUCCCUGCCACGCCACUAUACAAAAGUCGAUUACGGUUCUGCCUGUCAGCGGCGCACAGUCGAGAGCAGCUGGACACGUGCCUCGCUGCCAUACAAGAAGUCGUCGAGGAGCUCGGCCUGCAGUAUUCACGGCGGCGCUAG